AUGGAUCAAAGCGCACAAGGCAAUCAACCACUGCCCCACGCCUCCGUCCCUUCCCAGGCUCUCACCUCUGUCGAGCUCAGCGGUGCUACACCGUUCCCGGCCCCGAGCCAGUCUGGUCAUCUUCAGGACCGCCACACGCUGCACCAACCCCAGCGUCUGCCUCUCUCAAGCCUCCCAGACGACUCGGCCAGCAAGCCGCAGCGGCUCCUCGACUUUGCAGAACAGUGGAAUCUCGUCGAUCCGCUGUCUGUUGCUCAGCCGCAGUAUCGCAAAGAGGACACGCCAUCGUCUGGACCGGCCCUUACAAGCCAAUCGCGCUCCACCUUGCCGUCAAGUGCAGGGUCUGUUGCUUCGUGGCUGGAUUCUGCAAACGAUGCGCUUGAUGCUAACGCGACUACAAACGGAUUUAUUAGCCGAUCGAUGAAUCCGGCAUCAGAGUCCGUGUCGCGUGCCUCGACGGCCACCACGUCCUCAAGCGCCCCAAGCAACAACCACAGCAUCUCCCCGUCCACUGCGCUUUCCUUUUCUCGCCCCGGUACUACCAAGGAGGAUGGCACUGAGCCUCCAUCUAAAUUCGGACGCUUUUCCAAUCCUGACGGCGGCGUUGAUAGUGCGGCGAAUAUGACUCAUGAGCCGAGUGAGUUUUCUCAAGCUUUACGGCGGCAGCAGCAGCAGCAGCAGCAGCAGCAGCAGGAGCAUCAUCAUCAUCAACAACAACAUCAACAACAACAACAACAACAACAACAACAACAUCAACAACAUCAACAGCAACAUCAACAGCACUCGUCUUCCAAUCCGCAGCAUCGACCACAUCAACACUCGGCCCAGCAUCAGCCACCACAUCCACAUAAUUUGCAGGAUGACGAUUCGGGCGAGGAGGAAGACCCGAGGGCAGACGCUCACGACGGCCCGGUGAUGGGACGUUUCACAGACGCCCAACCUCCAGCGUGCAUGCCUUGCCAACGCAGUCACGUUGGGUGCGAUCGCAACGUCCCGUGCAGCCGGUGUGUCUUGCGAGGACGAGUCUCCGAAUGCGUUCCGGCCGUGUACCGGAAGCGAGGCUGGAAACUCGGCCGAAAGCGCACCAAGCAGCAAGCAGCCGAUUCGGACGCCGCCACUUCCAAUGAAGCUCACACCAAAGUCGAGCCUGCGGCCGACGGCCUGCGAACCAGUGUCGAUAGGGACAAGCACAACAAUAACAGCAGCCACAACAACAACAACAACAACAACAUCAGCAGCAGCCACAACAACAACAACAGCAGCCACAGCAACAACAACAACAACAGCCACAGCAGCCACAGCAACAACAACAAGAGCAACCACAACAGCAACAGCAUUGCUGCUGCUGCGACUAGCGCGGCGUCCGGGGCAGGCGCUAGCUCCUCCUUGUUUCUUCCACAAAACAUGACCAACUCCGGGAAUUCCUACCUGGACUUCAUGGCAACCGGGCACGUAGGCACAGGGUCUUCGCUCGGUUCGUUCGACUCGGGCUUUCGGGUCGACCCCGACGUUUCUGCUCAUUUUGCCAUGCUGGUGCCGUCACCCAACAGCGCUCUGCCUCAAGUACGGCCGCCCGUUCCACCGCCAUCCGAGCACGGAAACGCCUUCCAGUCCAUUCAGCGAGUGCUCAACACCUGCAUCGGGUUGGUUUUGAAUGAGACGUUUCACAUUCUGCGACUGUCGAGCUCGUGCGUCGGGCUGCUGGACAAGUCUGUCGUCCAAACAACGCACUUGGUCCAAGCGGAGGCUCGCUUCUUGCACAAGUCCUUCCUGUCGAUUGUCCACCCGAUGGACGCCCCCGGUGUGGAGCGCAUGCUGAGUGCAUCGUUGCUGCCCGAAACACAUCACCUGACGCACGUCAUUUCGGCUCGCAUCCAACGUUACGAUCCGGCAUCGAACACGUUCGACCGCUUGCGGAGGGCGCGGGCUCUGUGCCCGCCGCUUUCGCAGUUCACACCGAUGAUGUUGGAGCCGCAGCAGCAGCAGCAGCAGCAGCAGCAACUGCAACAGCAACAGCAGCAGCAACUGCAACAGCAACAACAACAAGAACUACAACAACAGCAAGACUUUCUGCGUUCAUACUCCCUGCUCAAUUCGAAUCACCAGUUCAGCUUCAAUACCGCAAGCAAUCCGACGACAACGGGCCAGGACUGGACUUUGCUCAUGGGCACAGACGGUCACAUUGUCUCGAUGGAGGCAAAGACACGCCUCGUGCUCGGUGAUAUCCAGUUCAUUACCAGUGUGCUCAAUUAUGACGACGUUGCCAUACUCCAAGACUCCAUCCGCCGGCUCUGCUUUGCUGUGCAGAAAUGCGGGGUUCGAGUGGUUGACAGCCGCGGCGAGAUUCGGAACGCUCAACUGACACUCUCCCCGGUCGACAGCGAAGGCCCCAGCUCGCCGCGCAUCCGGGUCAAGUUUGAUUUUCACGUAUGACAAGGCGGGGGAGGUGGGCUCUGGCGGAUCUUUCAUGGUUUUGCCCAUUCCUAUCAGCCGUUACACCUCGACUACUUUUUUACUCUGGACAGGCCGGCCUCAAUGUGCGCCAUCUACCUUUCCACACACACACACACACACACACACA